AUGCCAAUUCAUUUCUUCAGUGAAUCACCUCGCAGUUUCGGAGACUCGUUCACCCGACGUACAAGCUUGACGCAACAGCCUCGUGAACCCAAGGGAAAGGAAAAGGAGUCUGUCGAGUUUCCCUAUGACCAAGAUUCCGUUCUACCCAAUUUCACGAGUUCUACUAUAUCUCAUGACUCCUCUGUAAGGUAUCAGUCUACGUCUAAACCACUUCCAAAGCCUCCAAGAAAACCCCGAACUUCCCUCCUAUUUUCUCUGGUUCGCAAAAAGACUAGUUCGACCAGUCCCGGUUCCCAAUAUGAGCACCCGCUCAUCAUGCCCGGAAUCAUCGAGAUAACUCGCCCGUAUUCAUAUGUCGAAGAGGAAGAGGAGAGGGAGAGACUCAGAGACGCCGCUGCUCAGAGUAUUGGCCUCGUCGACUAUGCUACCGAACACCCCGGGGAUACUCAGGAGGACCUUCAACCAACCAUUGAACCUUCAUCCUCUCCAAUACCUUCAUCUCGUAUACCCUCUCCAACUCCAACUCCAACUCUCCUACAUCAUCUACCACCUUUCCCUACCUCACUCGCUUCCCUAAGCCAACGCAUAACCCUCUCCGGCUCAUUCCCAAAAUUCUGUCCCCCAUCCUCCCUCCUCGUAUACGCCCUCUCAAAGCAGUGGAAAACAAGAUGCAUCGUCCUAACAACCGCAAUCGAUGGACGCGCCUCACAGGCAGUCACUCACCUCCAUCUUUUCAAAUCAAACCUCCUCUCUUCCUCAGAACUUCACCGCUUACCUAUAACCCAGGACACAGCUAUCUACGUCGCGGAGCAGGCACCCACCAUAAACUCCUCUACCGCCCGGAACACAACCCGCAGAAGAGGCAGCGGAGGAAAAUCAAGUGGCAGCAUCGUCGCUAUAGAGCAGGGCGAGAUCAUUUGGCAUUUCGAAAUGCAGGAUCCGAACGAGAGACAGAAGUGGAUUGGUGCUAUAAAGGCAGUUGUCCUGGGUCAAAGAUCCAUGCGCGCAGGUCUCACUGCUUCACCUCACGUCCUCAGCGGGCACGAACCCCGCGGGGACAUGGAUGUCAUGCUCUCCAUGCGACUCCAAGCAUCACUAUCUUCCGCCGCCUCCCCUAUAUCACCCGUCACCUCACCCCGCACCUCGUCUCCCGCACCCGUAUCAGCAAGUACUACCCCACCCAUCUCCCAACCCACAUCUCCAAUUCGCACCUCGCUAUCCCUCGAAGGCCUGCGUUCCCAGACGCACUCUCCAACACCUAGCACAUCUACAAACACAGAGCUUUUCACUCGCGGGUCAAGCAUCAAAUCAAAAUCCCAAAGCUACAACAACGCACGCAGAUCAGGCUCAAGCUCCGGUCCAGCCUCUGGUUCGUCCUCCCCAACGCAAUCCAUCCACUUGCACUCCAAGCGCUCGGGCAACUUAUCCAUUGCAAUAAUCAACUCACCAACCCAUUCUACCAAAUCCUCCACAUCUACUACGAAGACCAUCAAGGGCAUGUUUACCCCGAGGUCCCGUUCGCCUUCCUUGUCUCGCGAGCGAGAGGGUGAUUAUACAGAAGAGAGCUUUGGGACGGUAGGGAGCAGUUUGAUGGGUAUCGGGAGUGGCAUGGGGAGCAUCAACAGGAGCGGUUCUCCAAUGUACCGCGCCGAAUCGCCAGUACCAAGCAUAGCAUCCUCAGGACGUGACGGCUCAAGCGUGCACGUGCCAUACGAAAGCCUUCACAACGGGAACGGGAACGGAAACUCGAGCAACGGCCUAGGUAGCGCCAGCAUCAACGGAAUCCCAGCAUGCGACCUCAAGAUUGUCAAAGAAGACGAACGCUCAGACUGGUCUUGCCCAUACACUCACGCGCCACCGAUUCACGCGCCAUCGCUUUCCCACCCGCAUUCUCAUUCUGCAUCGCAUUCGCAUUCACUCCAUCCACCCCCAAGGUGUAGGAAGCAGACUUUGGUGCACCCGCUCGCAGACGUGGUGUGCCAGCAAAUGGACUCUGCACCUAGUAUCCAGACUUCUAUUGAGGAUCCUACCGUCACUCCACGCGCUGUCACGCCCACGCCUAUGCCCAACCCAGCGCGUCUGUCCGUACACACCAUAUCUACCACUACCUCCGGCUCAGGCGUCGAAAGAUCAGGCUCUACAUCCUCCACCCCCUCCCGCCGCUGGUCUCGAACCCUCCCCAAGCGGUUAACACCCCCAAGCGGGCCUCUCCCGCUCACGCCACCACAAGCGCCAUACGAGUCUGAAAUGAGCGUGAGCCCUAGCCCUGCGAGUUCAGAUAACCCUGGUGCUGCGUUCUGGAAACGCGCGAGCGGGUCGAGUAGUUUGAGUAGUGCGAGUGCGAGGUCGAGUCUUGUCCACCCCUAUCCUACGCAGCGCGCGAGUAUGGUCGGUCCUUUCGGUACCGGUGUUGGUGUUGGGAUUGGUGGUGGAAGUAUAGGCGUAGGGAGUAAACGCCGCUCAAUGCCCCCUCCCCGCCCCGCCCCAAGCUUCGCGCCUCCACCUGCGCCCGAACAACAACCACAACCACAACAACCACAACAAUCCCAAAAAACACGGUUCCGAACGUCUGUCGCACAGCGUGCUCUGAGGCUCAGUUUGACUGCACCCCGUCCACCACCAUCAGGUGUGCUACCCCCACGCCCAGACGAACCUGUAUACACACACCAUCGCCGGAGUUCGAGCAACAACAGCAUAGAGAUCCCUCCUCGACCUGAUAGCGCUGCUUCUUCGCGGAGCAUGUCGAUAAAGCAGCGUUUGCGGAUUCUUAGCGCCCCGUCGCCUGUCAUCGCCCCUAACACACUCCCACUUCCUGAUCACUCCGAAGCUAUCUCCAUAAGCAUCAUGCCGCACGUCAUCAGCAGUAGCAGUAGCAGCAGCAUUACUAGUGGGAACAGCAGCAUAAAGCAUUCACGACCCCCAACGCCCCUCCUCCCAGGCACGCCAAUAACGACGAUGCAGAACCAUCCAGACUUUUUACAAUUCACGACGCCUACGCAAAUGCUUCCCUCCCUCCCACCAAGGAACCCGCUCCGCCCACCACCGCAGCGUUUGCCGAGUGCACCUGAGAUUACUUCGCUUUCUCCACCUCCGCGGAGGGGGAGUAAGCAGCUUGUUGCGCAGUACCUUACUGAUAGUGGGAAUGAGAAGGAGAAGGGGGAUGAGAGCGGGAGGGAAGGGGAUGAGGAGAAAGAGAUGGUGGAUUCAGAUUCAGAACUGCCUGAUUUCUCCGAUAUUCGUGUACAUGCCGGUUCGGUGGUAUCGCUUGGGUUCGUAGCGUUGGAAUGA